GGUCCAUUUCCCAGAUAUUGAAAGGGCAGAAUGGCUAAACAAGACCGUCAAGCACAUGUGGCCCUAUAUCUGCCAGUUCAUAGACAAGCUGUUCAGAGAGACCAUAGAGCCUGCAGUUAGAGGUGCAAAUGCCCAUCUGAGUACCUUUAGCUUUACUAAAAUUGAUAUGGGCUCUCAGCCAUUAAGAGUGAAUGGGGUUAAAGUGUAUACAGAAAAUGUAGACAAGAGACAGAUCAUCUUGGAUCUUAAGAUAAGUUUUGUAGGAAACACGGAGAUUGAUUUGGAAAUAAAGAGAUAUUUCUGCCGAGCUGGAGUAAAGAGUAUCCAGCUUCAUGGUACAGUGAGAGUCAUUCUGGAGCCGUUGAUUGGAGACAUCCCAAUAAUCGGAGCAUUGUCCAUAUUUUUUUCUGAAGAAACCGCUUCUGGAUGUCAACUGGACAGGACUGACAAAUCUUUUGGACAUUCCUGGAUUGAAUGGCAUAUCUGAUACCAUAAUAUUGGAUAUUAUUUCCAACUAUCUGGUUCUCCCCAAUCGUAUUACUGUUCCUCUUGUGAGUGACCUCCAGAUUUCACAGCUACGCUUCCCAAUACCUAAGGGAGUUCUGAGGAUCCAUUUUAUUGAAGCUCAGGAUCUGAUGUGGAAAGACACAUACAUGAAGGGACUGAUAAAAGGAAAGUCUGAUCCAUAUGGAGUUUUAAGGAUUGGCAAUCAAGUUUUCCAGAGCAAAGUCAUUAAGGAGAACCUGAACCCCAAAUGGAAUGAAGUGUAUGAGGCAUUAAUUUAUGAGCAUCCCGGCGAAAUGUUGGAAAUUGAGCUCUUUGAUGAAGACACGGACAAGGAUGAUUUCCUGGGCAGUUUGAUGAUAGACUUGGAGGAAGUGGAGAAGGAGAAAGUAGUAGAUGAGUGGUUCACUCUGGAUGAUGCUACAUCUGGGAAACUUCAUCUAAAACUUGAGUGGCUUUCCCCAAAGUCUACCACAGAGAAUCUGGACAAGGUGCUGGCAAGCAUUAAGGCUGAUAAGGAUCAGGCAGAUGAUGGUCUCUCUGCUGCUCUGCUCGUCCUGUACCUGGACUCUGCUAGAAAUCUGCCUAAUAAUCCAUUAGAAAUUAACCAGGAUGGUAUGAAGAAGUCUGCCGUUGACAAAGCUAAAAAGUCAGGAAAGAAGAUUGGCAGCACGCCUAAUCCCUUUGUGCUGUUUUCUCUGGGCCAUAAUGUACAGGAGAGUAAGGUCAAAUACAAAACCAUCGAGCCAGUAUGGGAACAGACCUUCACUUUCUUUGUCCACAAUCCUAAAAGACAAGACCUAGAAGUUGAGGUAAAGGAUGAAUAUCAUCAAAGUUCUAUGGGAAAUCUAAAGAUUCCGCUAAGCCAGCUGCUGACCAGUGAAAACAUGACAAUUAAUCAGAGGUUUCAGCUAAACAACUCUGGUCCAAAUAGCACCCUGAAGAUGAAGGUUGCACUCAGGAUUCUUUAUGUGGAUAGACCUGUGCGGUCUCCUGAUGAACAGUACACAUCUCAAGUAAAGAGGCCAUCCAUUUUCAAAGGAAAGAAUCCACCAACUCCAGCUCCUUCCCCUUCAGCACCAGAUGCACAGAAGCCUCCCCCUACACCCAAAGUAGAAGCAAACCGAAAGACAGAGAAUGGUGAAAAAGAGAGCCCACCAAGUGCUAGCCCCCAGAGACCAACAGAGCUAAAUAAAAGCUCUUCCAGCCUCUCAGGUUCCAGCUUUACAUAUUCUCCUUCUCAUGUGUCCAUAAAGGAGCCCACUCCCAGCAUCGCCUCGGACAUCUCCUUACCCAUAGCCACUCAGGAGCUUCGCCAGCGAUUGCGGCAACUUCAAAAUGGCACAUCCUUGGGCCAGUCCCCUCUAGGACAGAUCCAAUUAACUUUGCGGUAUACCUCUCACAGAAAUAAACUUGUGGUCGUGGUACAUUCCUGCCGUAACUUGAUAGCCUUCUCUGAAGAUGGCUCCGAUCCAUAUGUAAGAUUGUAUUUAUUACCAGACAAGCGAAGGUCGGGAAGAAGAAAAACCCAUGUGCUUAAGAAGACAUUAAAUCCUGUAUAUGAUCUAAAAUUUGAGUUCAAUGUGACACUGCCAGAGCUCCAGAGGAGAACACUAGAUGUUGCUGUAAAAAAUAGUGGAGGAUUCUUAUCUAGGGAUAAAGGUUUGCUUGGAAAGUUAUUGCUGGACCUAAACUCAGAAGAAAUUGCCAAAGGAUGGACGCAAUGGUAA